UUCGUAUGCGCCGCUGAUAUAAAGGACGUACUUACUCGGUUUGUUUGCGUUUUUUGCUUUUAUACUUAUCAAUCUAGCCAUCAAAGAGUUGAUUUUAAAGAGAGACAGAUAGGCAGAUAGUUAGAUAGAUAGGUAGAUAGAUAGAUAGAUAGAUAAAUAGAAAGAGCAAGAUAAAGAAAACGACAUAUCGUAAAAAAUCAGCGAGUGUAUUUUACGUUAAUUUAAAUAAACGAUGAAGAUGAUAAAAAUAAUAAUUGAAAUUAAAAAUAAGCACAACACAGAUUCAAUCUAUAAAAGCUAUCUGUUUCAGCGCGUAAAAAUAGAACAAUUAGAAAUAACCUAUAUAAUAAUCCUUGAAAAGAUAUCGGUAAUUAGUAGUGGCGAGUAUUUCGGUCGAUUGGUUAAACAUACGAAAAGUCAGUUGAGAAUACCGUUAGAGGAAUCCAGUGAAGGGUAAUAUCAAGACGGAAAGGAGAACCGGAUUGUAAAAGUUAAUUAGAUUCGAUUAAAGUGAUGUUGGAUGAAAAUACAUCUAUGGUGAUAGAACAGAACAGGUAGAAGGUGAUCGAGUAAAAGGACAAGGUAUUAGAUAACUCGAUACAAAAAAAGAAAAAACAAGAAAAAGAAAGACUCGACACACGUGGUAUUCGUUGUCGUCGGCCGACUGACUUUUUCACGCGUGGGUGCACGCACGCGUACGAACGUGACCGAGUAUGCACGAACACGCACGACCUUUUACGACUGCGUACGAUAGCGACACGCGCGCGUAGAAAGGAGAAAAAGAAAGGUAGAGAGCGAGAUAGAGAAAGAGAGAGAGAGAAAGAGAGAGAGGAUUAUUUUCGCUUUUGCCGGCACCGUAUCUAAAGAGCCACGCACUUACGUAUUCGCGUGUGUUACAAGCGAACAACUUUUCUUCGUCGCUGCGUUGGCUUUUCUUGGACGACAUAUGUAACUGUAUAGAUCGACGAUAGUUGAGUGUAUGCGGCCUGAUGACGAAUCUCGACGCGUGACACCGCGGAAUCGUUGGAACGUGACUUUCGAAAAGGCGAAAGAGAGGAAAAAAGACAAAAAAAUGGAAUAAAAUAGAGUGCAGAAGGAAAACAGAGACGAGACGCGGUAUCAUUGUGUAACGUUAUCUACGAAAUAUUACGGUAGUCGUGGAAAUGAUAAUGGCGCCAUUUUUUCUCGCGAAAAGCUUUUGUACUUACGUACGUACGGACCGAAGUCAAUAGUGCGUGGAGAAUUUGCAAGAGGUGGAAACGGUGAAGAAGAGAGGAGAAAAGUGAGGAAAGAAAGACGAACGGAAGUAGCGGUUCCUUUCGCGGUUCUGACCGAGAGUGAGAGAUACCUACAUAAGAGUAGAACGCCGGCCGGUCUUAUAGUUCGUUGCUUACUUCGUUACAGUGUUAUCUAUCGUUUUUUCUUCCUCUUUUUAUAUAUAUAUUUUUUUUCUUUCUUUUUUUUCACUCCAUUUUUAACUACGUUUAACAAGUUUGAAGCAGAAGACAAAUUUUCGAAGAUAACUUUUCUUUCCAUGUUAUUUGUUUUGAUUAACCUAUUCAAACCGAACCUUUCCAAAUCGUCGUUUAUUUUUUGAACUGUAACAAUUACGAUCGAUAUUCGAACGAUUAAACGUCUCAAGUUAAUUCGCGAUUCGGUAAAUCGAAAUAAUUUAUUUAACAUGAUCGUAUUGGAUUGAACGAUAUUUAUCCGAUAAAAUUUAUACUUGAAAAAAAUAUCGUUUUAAAACGAUCCGCAUUUCGAUUCAACUCGAUCAGGAAGCAAUAAAGGAAAAUGUUAAAUGAGAAUAGAAAAAUCGAUAGAACGGUUUUAAACGAUCGUUUUCGACGACAGAUGCGAUCACUGUUCCUAUUAAAAAUCUUGCAAGGUUGUUCGGUUAAAUUUUUGAUCGAAUAAGGAAAAAAGAAAAACAAAGCAAAAGGAAGAGGAAAAAGGGGGAAAAAGAAGAAGAAGAAGAAAAGAAAAAAGAAGAAAAAAAAUGAGGAACGAGGAGAGUGUUGAACGAGGUGAACGAUGGACGUUUCAUAGUUGGUUUAGUUGAUUUUCAAGAUAUCCGUCGAAGAGGAGGAGAUAAAUAGAUUUUAUAUAGAUUAGGAUAAUAAGAUAUUUUCUUUCGAUAAUGUCCGUAAGAACGAUAGACAAGGCAAGAAAAAAUAUAUAAAUAAAGAAAUAAUCUAAUGGCACGUCUUGCGAGUGAAUAUAAAUAUAUUCAAAUAACAGUGUGAAUAAAUUUAUCGAGUAACGUCGACCAAAAAAGAAAGAAAGAAAGAAAGAAAGGGAAAGAGAGAGGAUGGAGGAUUAAGAGGAUCACGAAAUGCCGACGAUCGAGAGGCUCGUAACGAGAAGAAACGCCAAUGAAGAACCGGAGGAACAUUCGACGACUGAUACGAACACGGGACAACCAAACGAUUUGAAUGUAUCCGAAUUGUUAAGACCCUGUGGUGAUGGUCGUGAAAAUGUUGGGGAACCUUGCCUCGAGGAAACUGGAAGAAAUGAUUCUUCGAGAGAAAAACGCAGUCUUCUUGGUAAUUUUCAAAGAAGAGCCUUCAACAGGAUCAGCUUCAGAGGAGAGUCCGGACCUCUUUUGACCAGAUAUCGUCAAACCAGAUUCAGUUCUAGAAGAGUACGUAAGAGAGUAGUGUUCAAGCAUGGAGAUUGCAACGUCGUUCAAGGAAAUGUUGCUAAACGUCGUCGUCGUUAUUUGCAGGAUAUUUUCACCACUUUAGUCGACGCUCAAUGGCGCUGGACGCUUCUUGUUUUCUCGAUGAACUUUUUACUUUCUUGGCUCGGUUUUGCUCUGAUUUGGUGGUUGAUCGCUUAUAGCCACGGAGACCUUGAUCCACGUAAUUACAACUCGCCGAAUUUUACAUUUACUCCUUGCGUCCAAGAAAUACAUAGUUUCACCAGCUGUUUCCUCUUUUCCGUCGAGACACAGCACACGAUCGGAUAUGGCUCUAAACACACGACGGACGAAUGUCCAGAGGCGAUAUUCGUUAUGUGUAUACAAUCGAUGACAGGAGUGAUCUUACAAGCCUUUAUGGUCGGCAUAGUAUUCGCGAAGUUGUCUCGACCGAAGAAAAGAACGCAGACCCUCCUUUUCUCGAGGAACGCUGUAAUAUGUCAGAGGGACGGCCAAUCGUGUUUAAUGUUUCGCGUCGGGGACAUGAGAAAGAGUCAUAUCAUCGAGGCUCACGUCAGAGCACAAAUGAUCAAAAGAAAGGUGACGAGAGAGGGCGAGCUCCUACCGUUCUUCCAAACGGAAUUAAAAGUCGGCGGAGACGGGGAGGAGGACAAGAUAUUUUUUAUAUGGCCAACAACGAUAGUUCAUAAGAUUGAUGAACAUUCGCCACUUUAUCAUAUAUCCGCCAGCGAUAUGCUUCGAGAACGUUUCGAGAUUGUCGUUAUUUUAGAAGGUGUGAUCGAAUCGACCGGUAUGACGACGCAAGCUAGAAGCUCCUAUCUACCGUCGGAAAUUCUUUGGGGACAUCGUUUCGAGCACAUUAUCACAUUCCGUAAGGAAACCGGCGAAUACGAGGUCAAUUACAGUCUCUUUAAUAACACUUACGAGGUCGAUACUCCCCUCUGUUCUGCAGCCGAUCUCGAUCAUAUCAGAGCGAUGCAUCGAGCUAAAGGAGAACGCGUUAGUUCAGGUGCAUUUCCAUAUCACGACGUCUCGAGCAGUUCUCUGACUACAAGUUCCGGUUCGAGUUUGGCCUCUUCUCUCGGUGGUCUUCAUAUGCAUGCACCUCCGUUGACUCCACCGACUCCGAUUCCGGUUAUGAUCACCGGUCCUGACGGCACCUUGAGACGAGAGAGCGUAAACAGCGUGCAAGUUGAACCAAGGCGGCCAAUAUUUUAUACUCCCGACGAGUCGAUCGAUAACGAGAUUGCUUGCGGGGCUACUCCCGUCAGUCCGGAAGAAUCAAGAGUGCAAGAGGAAUACAAUCGUGCCUUGGAGGAUAUCAAUGCGACGCUUAGAAAAAACAGAAAACAUAAUUGCAAGGAUGAGAAGAAGAUUCAUCGGGAAGGCUCGAAGAGUACUCUCGAUUCGAAGAAAAGCGACUCGAGAAUUAAUAUCGAAGGAAUGAAAAGAUCAACUUCACGUCCGACCAUCGAUCAAUGUCAAGCUCGCAAUAAAAAGUCAUCCUCGAAGUCGACUUUGGAUCCCAGACAUAGCAAAUUUAAGGGCUCGCAUGAGUCUCUUCGCGACGCUAUGCCGAGGAGAUUGAGUUUGUGCGACGGUCACAAGGCUAAAGACAUGCAAAAGAAGACGUCCUUUGUAUUGGGAAACGAAGAGGAAAUGAGAAGCGUAGAGAUAACUAUACCAACGAUAUCAACGUCGUUGGGAGUUCCUCAGCGAUUAGAGAUCGUCGUCGACUCACCGGAAUCAAAUCAUCGCUUGGAACGCGUGAAUGCGUGCGAAGACGUCUAAUUUACAGCAGAAGGCGUUAAACAAUACGAUAUUUUUUAUAUUCGGAUAGCAAUAAUGUUAAACGUAUUGCAAUCAGUAUUAAAUGGAGAGAGAGAAAGAGAGAGAGACAAUAGUUAGUAAAAAGAUAAAAGCGAGUUAAACAAACAAUCCACCUAUCUAGAAGUAUUCUAAGCGAUGAUCAAACAAGUGACACAUAUCCCGAGAAUACCCGAUUGGCAUAGGAAUUUAGAAAGGACGAAAACGAAGCUGUCUGAUCGUGGAAGGUUGGAAAGUGAGCCAUGAGCGUCGUUUAUUUCGAUACGUACGAGAGAGGAUCAAAAGCGAGUUGCUCUUGCCGUUUGAUUUGCGUGUUCCCUUGUUCGACUCGAAAGUAAUAAAGCGAGUAAUUAUGUAAACAAAAAAAAAGAAAAAAAAAAUACAAAAAAAGAAAAAGAAAAAAAAUGAAGACGCAAAUUUUGCUCCACAUUGUCUAGUAAUUACAGUCGACGUGUUCGCCAAGUAAAACGUUCCAAAAGAAAGAAAUUUCUUGUCGAAUGAGAACGUUCGUCAUUGUUCGUACAAUGAAGAUCGUAGUUGAAAUGUCACCAUUGGGUUUUCUGAAUCUCCUAUCUUGCUUGGCAUAAUUACUUAUCAUCAUAAAGUGUGUCUCCUCUGUUAGUAGAGACGGGUAGUAGUUAAGAAUAUACGGGUACUUAUUUAAGAGAAAGACCGUCACGAAUACGUGGCAAAUCGAUCUUUUAUACUAAUCAUUGUCACACGCAUCAGAUCGUUAAAGUAUUAUAUAUAAAGUAUAUAAAAAUUUUUUCUAAUAUACUAACAUAUUUUUUUUCUCUUAUACCGCACCACGAGUGCUUCGAAUUGUAAAAAUAAUAAAUCUAAAGUAUACCACUAUGCAAUAUAAAUAAUUUUCUCGAGAUUAUAUAACAUCGUACGACUAUAUGAAUCAAUUACAUAAAUCUCGUACUACCAUGUAUGGUACCAUGAUCAUUCCUCUUCUUAUAAUACUUUUUAUCAAAGUGCAUCGUGAAUCGUCGAAUCAUUGUUUACAAGAUCUGAUCGAGAGUUAAGGAAAUAAAGUGUCAACGACACGAUAAGUCAAUAGGAAAACAAUACUAUAAAUUAUUUUAUUAACAAUAAUAUAACGUGAUAAAAACGACGGGAUCACCGUUAGAGAAACAUUUUG